AUGCAUCUCCUCAAUGUGAAGGAUCAUAUCCUGGAGUGCGGCACGAUGGAGAGUUGGUUUGAAGCUUGUCUCUCGAAUCCGGCGGAUGAAAGGUGGGGUGAACGAAGUUCGUUGGAGGUUAAGGAUCGACUUGGGAUGACGCUUCCUUUGGUUGAAGUUCCGGGAGAAGGAGGGGAUGGGUUUGACGGGGAAUGUGUUAGUCGGGAUUCACUCAACUUGGCGUUCUCGAGGGUCAGAGAAGCGGCACGCGAGACGCUCAGUCUCGAUUCCGACUUCUUGGGGGAGACAGUUGCAGUCGACAUAUUCACUCCAACUCGGACGACGGUUAAUAACAUGCAUGGAUCCAACUUGAAGCCUAAUGGGAGGAUCGUUGUCAUGCCUGCUGUUGAGCCUCCAGAGUUGGUGCUUCGCCGAUGUCCCCCACCAGUGGCAAAUUCAGGCCAUGUAGUUCCUGAAAUACCGCCCCGUCUAACCGACAUGGUGGUCGCCUCGCUCCUCGAACAUCACCCCAAUGUUACAGAUCAAUGGACUGUAGGACUUUGCUUGCAUGACACGAUUGCCCAGUCACGGUCAUGUUUUCCACAGAACUGCCGCCGGAUGCUGGGUAGUGCCGCUUUCGUCUUGUACAACGAUCCCCGCCGCACUCGCCUAUACGGUAUCACCAUCGAAAAGACCGUAGCGCGUUUUUGGCAUUUCGAUCGUGGGCUGGUACUCAUCAGCCCUGUAUUCGAUUGCCGAAAGGUGGGUGCCAGGUGUCUCGCCGUCGUGUUUCUCGAAUCUGACAACUCGACUCUCUCAAAGAAACCGGAGCAUUUCAUUAGAUUCUCGCUGUACUUGAUGUACGCGAGUCCUGUGCAGCUUGGCUACGACCCCACCGUGAAGAUGGUCAACGACGGGAAGGAAGGGAUCCGGAUGCCUGAUUUCAUCUACCGCAUCGGGGAGGGACUGUAUCGCACCAUCGGACAGCCCUUGUCCGAGGAAGACGCGUUCUUCACCAUUUCGCCAGGGCUACGCAUCUGGCGUGUUCGAGCAUGUGAUGAAGAGGGUGUCGUGCAAGAGGGGGCGGACGAAAGGAUGUUGAGGGACCUAUGGGUGCCCGAAGGUACCCUCCACGAGAAGGAUAUCCAGGCCCAGAUCCUCCAAGCUCUACCCACGGACCAGGCUGAGGAGAUGGGGAAGCUACUCCUCGGUAUAUUGGACGAGGUUACCCUCCAAGGCGAAACGCAAACAACGCUCGCCAAGCCGCCAGAUGCAACCCAGUUUCGACUGUUCCUACCCAACACUGACCCCAUUUGGGAGUACCCACUGACUUCACUAGGGCUACAGUUCAGGAGAACACAACUGGACUCGUUCACUAGGUAUAUGAACCGGAUCGCACCUCCAAAGCCCCGCCUGUACCAUAGGCAGACUCACCGUCGGGUCCUACUUGAGUGUUGUCUCCCGUUUUACGAGGUUCCGAGUCCCAGGGUCGCUUGGCAAGUCAGCAAAGAGUUUGUCAGAGGCUUGGACUUGUUCCGGCGUGCAGGAUUCAUACACCGUAAUAUCAGCGGCGCCAGCUGUGUGCUUUCAUUCGACCGGGGCGCGCAAAGGUACCAAGCAAAAUUGGGCCAUUUGGAGUAUUGUGCGAGGUAUCAGACGGCCGAACUUCACGAUCAUAUAUCCGAACCGGGGGCCUUCUCAGCCAUCGAGGUCUUGAAACGGGACUGGCGAGGAAAGGGCAUAGAUUACGACAGACUUCCUCCGUUCCAUCCGCACUACUAUCACGACCUCGAGUCGUUCUUCUGGCUCCUAACCUGGUACAUCACGACCUAUCUUCCCAUCGGCGACGGAGACAACAUGGACGACAUCGUCUCUAAAAUCUACCUGCUGGAAUGGAAGGAACGGGUUUCAGAUGAGCUGUUCCCAGUGGAAUACCACCUCCGACCAGCUCACUUCAGAGUGGACCUCGGCCUAAAUCCAGUUGUCAUGGGCCGUCGUUUGGUUCGUGACGUCGGAUGGCCGAUCGACACAGUCGAAUGCCUCCAGAAAAUCUCGGCUCUUGUGGGGCAGUUCGAAGACGCGUAUGCAGCACUGCAACAGAACCCGCCGGGGAGUGGACAAGUCCGGUGGCCUGAGGCGAGUUUCGAUGAUUUGCUGUAUGGGGAGUUCAAGAAGGCUCUGGACGUCGUUGCGGAUUGCCUUGCAACUGGGGGUUGUGUUUCAAUGUGGGAGUUGAUGAAGGAGGGGAUGGCGAUGUGGAAUCAUGAUGAAGGCGAGGAUCAGUUGGAAGGAAACGAUCACUAG